UUCGCAGUUCUGCACGCACGAGAAGACGAUUUUCGGUUUCUCCGUGGUUUCUGUUCCGUCGAUUUGUGUGUUUUCUGCUUUCUUAGUCCACAAAAUAAUCUACAACCAUGACCGAUCCGGAGGAGGUAAACGGUGUUGACGAGGCCGGCGAUAAGCAGAAACAGAAGAAGGCAUCCAAACACGACAGCGGAGCGGCUGAUUUGGAACGAGUUACCGACUAUGCAGAGGAGAAGGAAAUUAGCUCGAAGGAGAUCACCAACGCGGUUAGUAUGUUCGAGGAAAAGCGAAACAAGGAAAAUGAGGAAAAGCUAGCCAAAGAACAGGAACUGCAGAAGGUGCACGUCAAGAAAGAAGAUAUUGAGCUGAUUAUCCGAGAAAUGGAAAUCUCCCGACAGAAGGCAGAGGAAACUCUUCGGGUGCACCGAGGCGAUGUGGUGGCUGCCCUGGAAGCUCUUACAAACUAAGCCCUGUAAGUUGUAGUUUAUAAAUUAUUCGCUAAAUGCUCCUAAGCGGGAUUCUUCACGAGCCGCCGGUUACAACAAGUGUGUGAAAUCGGCUUAUUUAAUUGUAACAGCUUUAGUUGCGGUACAUGGAACAGAUCAAUACCAACAACAAUACAUCAAUAGGUAAAUUGGAA